AUGGGUCCUCAAGAACUUCUACCCCUGCGUCAUGUCACGAUAUCAGAGAUAACGGAAUAUGCCGCUCUGCCUGUCCAAAAAAUCCAUUCAGACCAUGAUGUUGACUACUGGAAGACAACAAAAGGUUAUCGAGAUUAUGCCCUGUUUUUGCGUCGACUGAAUGAAGCGGUUGUUGGGCAUAUGCUUCUAUGGACACCCUCUGCGUCCAGUCAGCCAGUGAAACGAAUGUUUGAGUUGUUGGAUACCUUGGACGGGUGGAUCGAGGAAAUACCUCCAUUACCUACUCCACAGAGAUUUGGCAACCUUGCUUUCCGAACUUGGGGAGCACGUUUAGAAGAGCGCGCAGAAGAUCUUUUGUCCUCGUUGUUGGAGCCGGAAUUAUACAUUGCCAUCCCUCACAUAAAACCAUACUUUCUAACUUCGUUCGGUUCUUUUCUCCGGAUGGAUUAUGGUACCGGUCAUGAAACAUCAUUCGCUAUAUUUCUCUUGUGUUUGACUCUUAUCCGAUUUCUUGAACCAAUUGCUGAAGAGGAGCGUGCAAUCGUCCUUGGGGUUUUUACCCGCUACAUACGACUCUGCUGGAGGCUUCAAGACACUUAUAAACUCGAACCUGCUGGAAGCCAUGGCGUAUGGGGUCUCGACGACUUCAGCUUUCUGGGAUAUAUAUUUGGAAGCGGUCAGCUUCGAGACAUCCCAGUAUCGUCCAUUCUACACCCUCCUCUGCCACCUGAAAAUCUGUAUUACAUGUCAAUAAUGCGGAUUCACGAAGUGAAGCACGGCCCUUUCCACGAGCAUUCCUCACAGCUGUAUUCUAUCGCGGCCGGUGUACCCAACUGGGGAAAGGUAAAUUCUGGUUUGUUCAAGAUGUAUGAAGCUGAAGUUUUAGGAAAGAGAGUGGUAGUACAACAUAUUCCCCUUGGUGGAUUGGUGGACUGGGCCGCCAUAGAUCCUUCCCAGGCUUCCCAGCAGCAGCCACCUGUUGGUGGAACGGCCCCGCGUAACAACGUGAACACGGGCACCCGAGCUCCUUGGGCAUCGACGUCUUUCCCACCCCGUUGA